UCAAAUGUCUUAGUCUACUUUAAGUUGGAUCACAGAAUUUAAAAACUGCAAUCUGUUUGUACGUUUGAUUUCGAAAAUUGUUUUUUGCGAAGCUGCUACUUUAUAGAUAUUCAAAGUUCUGGUGGAUUUUAUUAUGUCAAGUUUACUGGCAUGGUGUCGCAUAGAAAUAGAAACAAGCGUAAAAGGGAGUAGAGAUAAAUCAUAUAAUCUAUUUUUGUAAAAUAGGAUUUUCAUAAGCAGCCGUUCUCGAAUUUAUUAUAAAUAAUAUCUGAUACAGUUUGGCUGGAAUUAUUACGAAUAUUUAAUUAAAAAUGACAGAAGAACAAUUAUCACCAGAGGUGACUAAGCACAGUUUCCGACAAAAAAUAUGGGAUUAUUUGAUGAAGAACGAGCUGACAAAUUUUCCUCUCAGUGUAUAUGAUCGUAUACCAAACUUCAAAGGUGCCACUGAAGCAGCACUACGUUUGGCAGAGCUGGAAGAGUUUAAGAAGGCAGGGGUUGUAGAGAUAAAUACAGAUAAGCCACAAGAGCCUGUGAGAUUUUUAGCAUUGGAGGCUAAUAAAGAAAUAUUAGUUCCAAUUCCAAGGCUGAGAUCAGGUCUGUUUCUUCAUGUUACACCAGUGGCUGGUAUCACCAAACAUAAGUUGAGAACCUUGUCAAAAAUUUAUGGUUUAAUGAAAGUUGGUAAACCACUUGGAGUAGAGUCUAAUAUAAAGGUGGACCUUGUAGUGGUAGGAUCUGUGUGUGUCAGUCGUGAUGGAUACAGAUUGGGUAAAGGAAAAGGAUUUGCAGAUUUAGAGUUCGCGAUGAUGAUGAGAAUGGGUGCAGUCACUCAAGAUACUCUAGUGAUCACAACUGUGCACGAUUGCCAAGUUCUUGAUAGUCUUCCACCAACGUUAUUUAAAGAAUACGAUGUACCUGUGGAUAUAAUUGUUACACCCACUCAAACAAUAAUAGUAAACCCAAGAUUAAAGAAACCAACCAACAUAAUAUGGCACAUGCUUAGUGAAAGGAGGUUAAAGACUAUGCCAAUAUUGCAACAGCUGAAAGAGAUGGAUGAGAAAGAUGGUAAGGUAGUGACAUUGAAGGAAGAGGAUUCUGACACAGAAGUCCAAAAGCCAUACAGGAGUCAGUCUAGCCACUUGAAGGAUAAAAAACCUUUUCGGGCAAGGAGAAACUUGGCAGGCAAUGAUGCUUUUGAAGAAGGAGAAAAAGAGAAAGUGGUAAAGACACGUUUUCCAAAAAGACGUACAUUUAGUAAGGCGAAACAAGAUGGCAACACUAAUCUGUCCUCUAAUGAUAUGGAGGAAAAGCUCCGAAACGGCGAUAAAAACACGCAACAACGUCGCAGAAAUCCUAGGCCGAAGUCCAAAUCGCAAGUCGAAUUCUCGUUGAAGCUGUCGAAUAUUUAUUCCGGCGCAAGGAUACGGGACUUGAAGAACGCUUUAUCAGAGCGCGGAGUUAAGCCGAACGAAAUUGUUUGGCAGGGCUGUCGUGGAAUAUGUUAUCUCCAUUUUAAUAAACUGAAGAAAAAAACCGAUUUACCGGAACAGCCAAUACAAGUCGAUUCGAUAAUGGCGAAUUUGCAAGAGCUUCGUAUCGGUGAGUCGACCGGCAACGAGACCGAUUUCAUAAUAGUUGAACCUACCAAACCGAUCUCGAGAAUUGAAGUCACCGAUGUGACUUCCGUUUGAGAAGGUAUUGUAGCGUUUUCUGG